AUGGCCCCUGCAAUACAUCCACCGUGCACACCCACCGCUUCCUGUACACCAGUCAGGUGCCACCCUACGCCGCCUCCAUGUAAAAAUCCAGAAAAAUGUUUGAAAAAAACAACUUCGAAAGGCUUAAGGCCUUGUCAAAGUGCCUUAUCAAUAAUGUCAACAAGAUCCAAGUCAAAGUGUGGCAGUUGCGGUAAAUUUAAAACCAAAAAUUCUGAUGCGAGAAGUGUCAAAUCAGUUGAAAAAUUCCUAAAACGAAAGUCCAAAGAAGCAAAAAUGCAGAAGAAGGAUAGAUUAACAGGAAGUAAAAGUUACGAAAAUUAUCUAAGAAAAAAAGGAAGUGCCAAGGAAAAGACGGAUUGCUGUGCUGGCAAAGGUCACAGAGGACGUCUCAAGAGAGGGAAGAAAUGUUGCGAAAUUCUUUAG